UCCUGGUUGUUAACCGCUUGAGAGUGCUGACAGCCAGUCAACUUCAAAAGCAGCCAGGAGAAACUUUCUUGCUAACUUUGGGAAAGAAUUCAAAAAUGCUGAAAAGUGCAGAUGAUGUUGUCAUGGAGCAAGAGGACUCUGCUUCCCGACAAGGAGAAAUGACGAGCUGGGAUAUCAAUGACAUCGAACUUCCCCAGGACGUAAGACAGAUAGACUGGUUUCAAGAAUGGCCAGAUUCCUACGUAAAACAUAUCUAUAGCUCUGAGGAUAAAAAUGCUCAGAGGCACCACAGCAGCUGGGCAAUGAGAAACACCAACAACCACAACUCUCGCAUCUUAAAAAAGUCCUGCCUCGGGGUGGUGGUCUGCAGCAACGACUGCUCCACCUCAGAUGGGAGGAAGAUCUAUUUGAGACCAGCCAUCUGUGAUAAAGCCAGGCAAAAACAACAGCGGAAAUGCUGUCCAAACUGCAAUGGACCCCUGCGGCUCCUUUCCUGCCGAGGCCAUGGUGGUUACCCAGUUACCAAUUUCUGGAGGCAUGAAGGCAAAUUCAUAUUUUUUCAGUCCAAAGGAGCUCAUGACCAUCCACGUCCAGAAACAAAACUAGAAACAGAAGCAAGAAGAUCAACCCAAAAAGCACAGACAUCACUUUCUCCAUCUUCUCCAGAAUUAAAACGAAUCCGAGAGAUUGAGUCUCUGACAGGUGCCAUGCCGACCUGGGAGGCUUUGCCUUUGCUUCUUUCCAAGUCGGAUGCCUAUGUGCUACCUGCAGAUUUUGGGAGACAUUUAAGCAGAAGUUCUGAGGAGCCAAAGAUAAGCAUCUGCUCUGGGCGGCCACCAAGGGCAGCUGGGGAGGACAGAGGCUCCCAAGAGGCUCCAGCUUGGAGCAGAAGCCUGGCCCUCGGAAGGAGCCCCAGCACCGAGAGGUCUUGGAGCUGCCCUGCCACCCACCCACCCUGCACCCGCCCUGACACCCAGCACACCUUGCCCUUGACAAAGGGUGGCCGUGACUCCUUCAGGGUUAUUGCUGGCCCUUUGGGGGGUGCAUCCUGUGAGGAGAAGUCCCUGCUGCCCUGCAGCGGCGGAGCAGAAGCCUGGCCCUCGGAAGGAGCCCCAGCACCGAGAGGUCUUGGAGCUGCCCUGCCACCCACCCACCCUGCACCCGCCCUGACACCCAGCACACCUUGCCCUUGA